ACGCGCACUGACUGUGAAAAGAGGCUCUUCGGCAGUACACUACUUGGACCGACGAAUUAUUUGGUUUGUAAGAGAAGAAAGUGUGGGGUUUUGUAAGGAAAGAUUGUUUCGAGUAAAAAAAAAAAAUGAGAGGAAAAAAGAAAAAGAAAAAAUUGAAGAUGGGGCAAGUUGCAUAGAUAAUCCAUCUUAAUGUGUUUUUUUUUUUUUUUGUAAUUUUCCGAGGUUGGUCCCCUCGGGUGCUGGACCCGACCCAAUCCAACUUCCAGACCUACAGUGACUCUUCUCUCUCUCUACAUGGCACCAUGUAACCCUCGAUUGAGCCGGUUCCUGCUAAUUUUUUCUCCCUGUCAUGGCGAAAAAAGACCAAUAUUCAUGCAAAAACUCCCCAAAAUUGAUCAACUUUUUCCAAGAUCAUGGUUUUACUGGUGAAAUUCCUCUUCCCAAGAAAACCCAAUUUACUAUUGGCUUUGUUGGUCUUGGAUUAGGCAUCAGCUACUUUUACAGAGCCCACUCUAUGAGAUACCUAGCCACAACCAUUAAACUUGCAGACAAAGCUCUAAAAGGUAUGAGAACCCUUCACAAACUUCAAUAUCCUUCUCCUUACACCUUUGUCGUUGCUUGUAAAGCCCUGAUCAAGGGGUACAAUGUGUCAAAACGCUUGAAUUUAGUGAAUAGCAGCAAUAGGAGCUCUUCCCUGAUCAGCCAAAGAUUGAAAGCUUACUUUGGCGCAUUGAAUUUGGCAAGAUAUGCUCAUUCUAUGAUGUUGGUAUCUGAGCAACUUGGGUUUUCUGGCUAUUUGAAUACUGUUUACAAAUUGUCGAAGAAUUUAGCGAGGGUUUUGGAGGGGGUUAUGGGCAUCCAUUUGGAAACUAUUGGGUCUUCUGCUAAGAAGAGUUUUGAGACUGUGCAAUUGAUCGCUAAAGCUUUUGUUUUAACGAAACAGUUCUAUCAAGUUGCAAGCUUUUUUAUGUGCCAUGGUGUAUUUGAAGCUUUUAGGAUUGCAUCCGUAAAGCGGCCAUUUACAGAGAAAGGAAAGGAUGGGGAGAGAGGAAAAGAUGAAGAGAGAGAAAAUAAUGAGGUUUCUUUGAAUGGUUCAUUUGUUAGAGUCACAAAGGCUCAUAAGUCAAAUAAUUGGAUUAGUUUAUCACAUCAUUGUUUCUCUCUUUCUCCUAAUUGUGUGCAAUUUGAGUUCAUUAAUCCUUUGCCUUCAAGACCUGCACCUGAUGGAGAGUCUUUAGAACCAUGUAUCUCUGAAGUACUAUGCUUGUCACUUCCUAUUUUUGUAAAGGUGGUUUUGCUAUUCCUACUGGUAACAUGGGCUCAAAAUAGUGGAACAGGGGUUGGCUAUGAUUCUGCGAAUUUACUGGGAAGUGCUUAUUUCAAAAACCUGGGCAUAAUAGCAAUCCCCUUAUUUCAUUAUUGGCGAAAAAAGUAUGUUCUUUUGAUCUUAUCAGGAUACAAGAGAAAACUGCUUUCAGGAUACAAGAGAAAAAACUGCUACUCUUCUGUGGACAGAUACUUAACAUAGAUCGCUGGGCUUUAUCUAUCAGGGAGAGUGUGACAAAUGAAUGAAUGAUUUAUUGACGAGAGAAAGCUUCUGCCCAUUUCUUUACACACAAGAGUCGGUUGCACAUGAUUUCAUGGUAUCUGAGCAAUAUUAGCCUUGUUACGUGCUGGUCUUGAUGGUCCAGAUUUUCUCGAGACAUCCGACAGCUCCCAAAUUCCUUGUCACAUUGUUAACAAAAUUGGAUCUGGACCAUCUGUUUCAAAAGCUGGCGAUUGGGGUUGGAAGCCCAAAUGAAGAUAUACAAACUCACCAAUACAAAUACCUGAUAUUCAAGCGAGGGCGUAGGGAUUUAAAUCCAAGGUUGGAAGAGCUGGUUUGAUUUGAAGGAAUUCACACCACUGAUGUGGGAGAAUAUGUCUGAGUCAACAAAUUCGUCUUCUCUCUCGGCAUGAUCUGCCUAGACAGCAAAAACCAAACCAAUUAAACCCAUGUUCACCAAAGAGGUGUAUGUACAAGGUUUUGUACUAUGCUAUGCAUCUGGGUUUCAUACGCUCUGCUAGUACAUGCCCAACCAUCCGAUGUUAACAAUGGGCAGUUGUGUAUUUCUGUUUCUGCACUCAAAAGUCUGUCAAAAAUUCUUCGGAAAUAAUGGGAUUACCUCAACUGUCCCUUGGCAACAUCUGACUGUUGGGAGGUGCUAGCAAACUGCAGGAGUACCAAAUGCUAAUAAAGCUACACUGUGCUUUGCUUAUGUACAAUUAUCUUAUUUUCGAAAUGUUGGGAUCAAAGCUUACUUCAUCCCCAUAA